AAUCCUACACUGUCUCAAACUCAUACUGCAACACACUUUUUAUAAUUGGAAUCACAACAAUGUUCUUGUUCUGGAAAAGCACAUUAUUAAUUACUUCUUUGCUUUGGUUGCAGGCUGCACCGUGCGGUAUUUCAACACAUAUUGAGCUUGCUCACAGAGCACUGGAGUUCUUCAACCAGAUAGAGGGAAAUGUUAAUUACAGAGAGUUAUUACAAAAACAUCCUGAGGCAUACCAAGCAGGAAAAUGCCAUGAAGUAUCUGAAGAUUCACAUUGGACACCUUUUCUCAAGACUAGCAUUAAUUACAUCCGAGAAGUCUAUCCACAGCCAUGGGACAAGAGUGCACAGAGACUGGUGGCCUUCCUGUUUGGUAUUGCAUCCCACAUGGUAUCGGAUGUGAGCUGGCAUAGUUUGAAUAUCGACCAAGGAUUUCUUAAGGCCAUGGGGGAAGUUGAUUUCUAUGGCUCCUAUGCUGAAGCUCAUCAAACUGGAGAUUUUGGUGGUGAUGUACUCAGCCGUUAUGAACUUAACUUUGACUAUCUAGAAGCCAAAUGGUACAUUCCAGUGAAGGACCUCUUUAACAUCUACAACCUCUAUUAUGGCAAAACCGUCAAAGAAGAGAACACAAUUACUCACUGCACGUACAUACUCUUCCUGGAAAUGUAUGGGGAAUCCCUUGGUAUUGAUAAGCUUCACUCAACAUAUGCAAGCAAAUCUCCUUUCUUGGUGGAGAGAUUCCAGGAAUAUUUUCUUGGUGGCGUUGAUGACAUGGUUUAUUGGUCUACAAACAUAUUCCAUUUGAUCAGUUUCAUGUUAGAUAAUGGUACUAGUGACUGCUACUUACCUGAAAACCCUAUUUUCAUACAAUGUAAUACUGAGAGGAGGGAAAAGAACAUAAAACAUUGGCAAAAAAAUGAAUUUGAUGGAGAUUUUACUCCCUCGGUCAUGAGAGCAGAUGGAGCUGAUAACAUCACUGUGGACUCAGGAGUUGUCUUUCAGAUGAAUUCUUGGGCAAAGGGCUCUGUGCUGUUUGUGAGCAAUGUUAUGGAUGCAAUGAAUAUGAAUUUUACUGGCCAGUAUCCAAACCAUAUUACCAGCCCUUCCAACUCCUACUUCGUCAGUUCACCUUAUGCAAGGCUUGGAUGGGCUAUGGUCACAGCAGAUCUAAAUGGUGAUGGACAUGGGGAUUUGGUAGUUGGAGCUCCAGGAUACAGCACCUUGGGUCAUGUUCAAAUAGGUCGUGUCUUCAUUGUUUAUGGAUCAGCAAGUGGACUUCCACCUGCCAAAAUGGACCUAGACAAAGAUGCAGAUGUAGUGCUUGAAGGCUACGAGAACUCUGGCAGGUUUGGAUCUUCUUUGGCAGUACUGGAUUUUAACCUUGAUGGACACCUGGACGUGGCAGUGGGAGCUCCUUCUGUGGGGUCCCAAUAUCUCAGAUACACAGGUUCUGUAUAUGUGUUUUAUGGAUCAGGAGGUGCAGAUUUGUCUUCUCAACCAAAUGUGACCAUAACAUGCAGGAUGAGCUGAUCAUCCAUCCUCCCACCCUCCAUCUCUCUCUCUCUCUCUCUUUCUAUCCACCCCCACCCUCCAUCUCUCCCUCCCUCCAUCCAUCUCUCUCCCAUCAUCCCGUAAACAUUACACUUCAGUUUUGGAAAAAAACCUAUAAAGAAUAAAAGAUGGAAAGCAACUGAAAAGAGUCUAUUUCUGGUGAACAAUCUGAAAACAACUGAAUGGAAAAAAAAAUGUUGGGAAGGUUAAAAACCCCUUUAAGCUCUGCAAGGGUCUCUCUCUUGCCUGAUCUCACGUUACAUUUAUUUGUGCAUUUUCAAUGCAUUUUUUAUGUGCAUUAAUCAAA